CAGUUUGUCUGAACAGCAACGCCAUUAAGCAAACCAUAAUCAAUUCCUUCGCACGUAAGGCGAAACCGAAACUCCUCCGUGUCCCACACGCGCCCCCACCUCUUCUCACUCUCUCUCUCUUCAUCCUCAAAUCUCAAUCUUCCUCCAUCAAUUGGUUCGUUCCUGAUCUGGUAUAGCUCUUUGGAUUUCUCAAGAUUCGUUCAAUCGAAUAGAGGUUCAUUUUUCGUCUGAUUUACCAAGUUCACUCGUUGGAAUUUUAGCAAUUCGUAUCUGAAUCAAAAUGGUUUCCUUCGAAAUGAAUGACCGCAAAAAGAUUGGGAUUGGAUUGACAGCUUUUGGCAUAUUUUUCUCAUUCUUGGGGAUCAUUUUCUUUUUUGACAAGGGACUACUUGCCAUGGGAAAUAUCCUCUUCUUCUCAGGGGUGACAUUAACCAUUGGACUGAAGUCCUCAACACAGUUCUUCAUGAAACGUAGCAAUUUCAAGGGAACAAUGUCUUUUGGUUCCGGCUUCUUCUUUGUAGUUGUAGGAUGGCCUGUAUUGGGAAUGAUUUUGGAGACAUAUGGGUUCAUCGUUCUUUUCAGUGGCUUCUGGCCAACGCUGGCAGUUUUUGUGCAGAAGAUACCUAUUAUAGGUUGGGUGUUCCAACAGCCAUUUGUUAGAUCGUUCUUUGACCGUAAUCGUGGCAAAAGGGUACCUGUAUAAGCUUAGAUUUUUAAAUCUAUGAAAAUGAGAGGAAGCUUCGUGCAGGUUGAACUGGUUGUAAGUGUUGUAAAAUACUGUCAAACGAAUGACUCCUUAACAGUGUGUCGGUGCAAAAUGUUCUCAUUUGAUGAUGUCAGUUUUGUUGAACAAUUCUUUAGUUUGUUUGUUUCUUUAGUUGUCAAUUAGUGCCAGCGGUACUUUACACCGCUUUCCGGUUGGAUUCAAGCUAUGUAUUUCUAUUCAGAUUCCCAUUUAUUGGAUUAGUAUUUUUUUGGCUUCA